GAGUUGCAAAUUGCUGGGCUGAGAGGGCUUCUCGGGUGAAGUGAAAGUCGAGAAAGUCGAUUUACUUUGACAAAGAAGUUGUCCAUUCGAGGACAUCGAAUCUUGUGUGAGAUUGAUGGUAUUCGUAGUCAGACCUUCAUUUCUCUCCCAUUAAGCAAAAAGAAGGCAUUACAAACAUACAACUAUUAUGUAAUAAGUGUGCGUGGUAUGAGGUGAAAUUAAGUGGUCAGGCAGAACUCAGAAUGUCAUGCCUGAAAAUCCAGGUUAGAACUAUUGCGUUGAUUGAAUUGGUGAUCUCGGUAUGUUUGUUGACUUUGAAUAUAAAAAUUCUCGUGGAGCUCAUAAUUCGGAAGGAUGAGAUCAAGCCAGAAGAUCUCGGAGAGUUCAAGAACUUAUCAGUAUCAGCACUGAUUCUCUUCUUCUUGAUCCGGGUGAUUUACCUUCUGGGUGAAUUUGUACUCGCUAUUUUUCUCAACGUGUGGGUGUAUAAAGAAAAUCCAAACGGACUGAUAAUGUGGUUUACAAUUACAAUCCUCUUCUCAAUAGCGAGCAGAUGCUAUUUUAUCGGCGGAAUCAUCUGGGGAAACUAUUUUCUCAUUACCGUCAUCACUUUCUCUGCAAACUUGACUUUUACUCUCUACUCGUUAAUCAUAGUUUGUUGCUUUCUCAAGCACAUAAUUGCAAGUCAGGAUGAAGUGUCGAGGGAGUAUGUUAGUUCGUAUUAUGAGAUGGUCUAAAAAUACAGAAUGUCAUUACGUAGAUUUUUUUAAGACCAAGUUUAAUCUUAGAGUCAAUUAAACACUGUGCGAUUCGCAAAUUUAUUAGGAACCAUGUCUUAUAUUUAUUUAUAUUUUAGCAACACACACGAACUUUGUAAAAUGCAAUCCAGUAAAUUGAUUGUACCCCGUGCCCCAUAAUCUGAUGCAUGCACUUUCCGUUUGCAUUGUUCUCAUGCAAACCUCAUGUGCUUCACCACUUGAAUACACACAAGUGCAUAAUGCGAAAGUGUGACCUUCGCAAUGCCAAAAUUCGCUUAUUUGUUUUGCCUCAGGCUAAAGGACUCGGUUGUUACUGCAGCACUAGCUAGCACAAACUUUGACUAUGUAUAAGUCAAAAAGUUAUUUAUACACGUACCUAAAUAUUUCAAUUUCUACAAGUUAAAUGUCUACCACACAAACAAUUUAUCAGAAUAUUAUUAACAUACAUGUGAAAAUGGUGUAUGAAUAAAAUCGUACAUAUAUUCUCGAUAGUGUUCUUUCGUGGUUUGUGCGAGUCAUUAAGUAAACAUUUACCUCUGUCUCGUAAGUGCAAUACACCGAACAUCUACCAUCUUUAGCGUCAUAUUUAGAAUAGCAAAAUUCAGUAGCUCUGCAAACUACUACAUAACAUUCAUUUGACAUUAGUUUCGUUCGUUCGUCAGCCCUCUUAAUGAGGAUGAAUAAUCAUUUAUCACAUCUCCACCGUGCUGAUUAGUGAUGCCGAGAGUGAAUGGAGGUUAUUCUAGACAUUAUCAUUAUGAGUCAGAGAUGCUAUGGUGUAGAAAUGUGAAUAAUAAACGCCAUAUGUAUGUGACUUCAUAGAAUUUCGGCAAGGUAAUAGCCCCCAGCAAACAAUACGUAGUACUGCUCAUAUAUCUAGGUUCGAGUGGGUGGGUGGGAUGCAAAAAAAAAUAUUUGUUCAUCGUCUCAGUGUUACUUUACCUUCCCCAAGUUUAUCUCUGUCAGUUACUAAUCCUAAAGUUGGUUAAGAAGUUAAACCCAGCCGGCUAUGUGAUCUUUUCAUGCAUGCCAAGAAAUAAUAAAACGGAAACUCAUCUAUUCCGCAGGCACGAGAGCAUGCCUUUUCAUCGCGCACUAAUUCUUCUUCAACGCCGUGGUUCACAAAUUGUAGUCAUUACGUUACUUUGAAAGUGAUUCAUCGACGAACACAAAAUAAUAAUUAUCAAAGCAGUUUCAGCUAUGCGAUAAAAUAUUGUUUGUCACAACUCCAACACCUCCACACGAGGCGAGUCAUUAACGUGUACCAAUUUAAGCAAGGAGGGUGUUGUUUCUUGGACUGGAAUUUCCAGAAGUGAAAUUUAGAACAUCAAAUUAGGGAUAUUUGGUUACGUUUUUCGCGAAAAUUAUCUGCCACAGUGCGAUAAUUUUACAGUAAAACCGACAAGAUGCCAAUAAUGUCGUGCGACAUGGCUUCAUUCGCCAAACAGGCUAAAAUCAUAGCCAUGAUUGAAAUAGUCACAUCAAUCAUCAGUCUGCUAACGAUAACCGUCACAGCGUUACUCAUGACGCUAAGCCCUUCGAUAAGAGAAAACAUUGAUCACCAAGACCCUCACAAUAUUUUCAACAUUCUCAUCCAUUUUCCAUUGACGGAAAAAUUACCUAUGGUGCUAGUCCCGACCUUCUAUUUCGUUGGGGAGCUGUGUCUCGCAAUUUGGCUGCUCAAAUGUAUCGAAGAGAAAAAUUACAAACGAUGCAGAAUCUGGUACAUUAUUACGAUCACAAUUUGUUUGACGGGUUUUUACUUCUUCAUUCCUGGGGUGAUAUUCACUGACGAGAAUUUCAGUUUUAUCUCAAUUUUCAUUGUCAGCUAUCUCUUCACGCUGUAUUCAGUUUGGGUCGUGCAUAGCUUUAUGAAGGAGUUGAAGUCUACAGGGUUACAUCGUCCUAUUGAAAUGUGGGAUGAUGACUUAGAUAAAUUUUGAUCUUCCGAUUGUUCUCGCUAUUGUGUUUUGUAUGUACACUAAACUGUAAACUACUGAAUAAAUAAAUGGUUAAACAAAA